UUCGCCCAACCCCCACAUACCACAAGAGCCCGCCCUUCUUCAUUCCGAACAACCGAACCUGAUAACACCCCCUUACGCAACGUCACUCCCGCCAGCAUGGGACUUGUAGUCCGUUGCAGUCCGCGGCGUUCGGAAGCGAACGCGCGCCGCGCGCUUUGAAACUACAAGCCCCAAACGUCACCACGCCCACCGUCGGUUCCCGUCCAAUCUGAAUAUGUGGGAGGGGAGCAUCCGCCCACAAAAGCCACAGCAAUUUUAGUGUGCCUCAAAUGCAAUUGUGCAUCAAAAAGUGAACAAUUGGAAAUUCGGGAAAUGUCGUGAGUGAAUUCCGCCGAGUAAUCUCACACAAAAACAUCCGGGAUAGGUCCAAACGAAGCGGAGUAGCCCGGGCGUGAUGGUUUGGCAUUCAUAGAUAUUUAAAUGGAAGUGGGUGGGCCUUCGCGCAGACGGCGAUCUCUGACAGACCUGCACAUAUAUCCGCGGAGGAAUAUUAUUUAAUUCCGGAUCUAUAAGGCCAGUACGGGACCGCCGCCGUUCGACCCGAGCCGCUCGGACUCGCUUGGCAUUUUGUGCUCCGUUAUUGAAGGGUGUUUUUGCAUUGGCACCGCCCUUCCUGGCGGGGUGGGUCCGUGCGUCAGAGCUGCGCCACAGUCUGCGGCCGCUGGAGAAAAUAGGCCGUCCUUCUGCUGGGCUGUUGCCUGCCUUCUGCCUGCCUUCCACGGCGUCCGGCCUUUUUUCUCUUAAACAACUCCUCUCCGGGUUUUAUUAAUGCGGAAUGAGUGAUCAAAAGAAGGAAGCCAUGGCCACAGAUGGGGGGAAAGCCAGCGGAGGCGAAGUUGGUACAAAAGGGAAAAGUUCUGGAUCGCAGGAUGCACAGCCGUCUCCUCUCGCUUUGCUCGCGGCGACGUGCAGCAAAAUCGGCGGUGUUGGCGGCGAGGGUCAGGCGGCCACGCAACAGCAGAUCAUAAUCGACCCCAACCAGGGUCUGCUUCAGCUCCAGAACCCCACGCAGCAGCUCGAGCUGGUUCCUGCGCAGCUGACAGGAAACGGCUGGCAGAUCAUAGCCACUUCCCCUGCCGCCGCAAGCAAGGACGGCGCUCAGCAGCAGGCGGCCAAUGAGGGCGCGGCGGGGCGAAAGGUCAAGGCGGUGGCUUCGAAUAAUGCACCUGGACAGCAGCAGCAACAGUUUCAAAUCAUCCAGGUGCAGAAUCUGCCGAACUCGUCGGGCGGGAUUCAGUAUCAAGUGAUCCCCCACCUUCAGACCGCUGACGGACAGCAGAUCCAAAUCAGCCCGAGUAACCCCACGGCCUUAAGCGUCCAGCCCGAACAGAUCCAGCUCAUUCCCACCGGAAACAACCAAGCCAUUUUGGCCACGCCCCAAAGGGCGGGAUCAGCCAGCAUCGUCGCGCAAAACCAGACGAUUCCGCUUCAGAUCAGGCCGUCGUUUCCUUUGCAGCUGCAAACGAUUCAGGGUACGCAAGCGCCGAUGGUGACCACGCUACCCAUUAACCUCGGCGGCGUGACUUUGGCGCUGCCGGUUAUCAAUAAUGUCGCCGCGGCGGGAGGCGGAGCUUGGGUGCAACUCGUCCAAUCGGCCGACGGAAGCAUUUCAAACGGAAACCAAGUAAGCACAGCGGAAACCACGUGCACGACGACCAGCGACGCGAUCGUCGCGACGUCUACGGAUGCUACGACGUUACCGACCGAAAGCCAGAAGGACAGUCAGGCGGGCGAGUCGGACGCACAGAACCUCGCUCAAUCCAACGGCCUACAAUCCGCGUCCGAGCAGGCCGGCCAAAUCCAGCAAUUCCAAAUCGUGGGGCAUCCGGUUCUCCAGCAGAUCCAGAUCCAGUCGCCCCAACAACAGGUAGUCCAGGGCUCCAUACAGAUCCAGCCCGGCCAGACGUUACAACCGGUGCAGCAGAACCUCCAGCUGCAGGCCUUCCAGAAUCCCACGCAGGUUCUGAUCCGGACGCCCACGCUCACCCCGUCGGGACAGAUCAGCUGGCAGACCGUCCAGGUGCAGAAUGCCGGCAUGCCCCAGCAGCUGACGCUCGCGCCCGUGGCGUCGAACGCGAGCGGGGGGACGUUCACGCAGAUCGCCCCGCUGACGCUCGGAGGGUCGCCCAUUACGCUCAGCGCCGCCCAGUUGCCCACUGGGACUGGGGUGCAGACGGUGAACAUUGCAGGUUUGGGGGCGGCUGGAGUGCAGGUGCAGGGCGUCCCGCUCACCAUCACCGGCGUACAAGGUCAGCAGCAGGGUCAAGAGGGGGUCAAAGUUCAGUCGGCCCCGGUGACGGUGACCGUUGGCAACAUCAGCAGCACGACCCUGAACGCAGUGAGUCCAGACCAGAUGGGGCAGGUCCAGAGCCCGUCGGACCAGGAGGGUCAGCCCAGCAAGAGGCUGCGCAGGGUGGCCUGUUCCUGCCCCAACUGCAGGGACGGAGAGGGGAGAAAUAACAGUGACCCGUCAAAGAAGAAGCAGCACGUGUGUCACAUGGAGGGUUGCGGGAAGGUUUAUGGCAAAACGUCUCACCUGAGGGCUCACCUGCGCUGGCACACGGGAGAGAGGCCGUUCGUCUGCAACUGGAUCUUCUGCGGCAAACGCUUCACCAGGAGCGACGAGCUUCAGCGGCAUCGCAGGACCCAUACAGGUGAGAAGAGGUUUGAGUGUCCGGAAUGUUCCAAGAGGUUCAUGCGGAGCGACCACCUGUCAAAGCACAUCAAAACCCACCAGAACAAGAAAGGUGGGGCGGCACUUACCAUCAUCACCACAGACGAGAUGGAGGAGGAGGUGGACGAGGUGCUGAACUCGCCGAGGAUCGUCACCGUGGCGUCGCUCUCGCAGGAUUCGAACCCGGCCACGCCCACCACUUCAAACAAUUUAGAGGAGGAGUUUGAGUAGUUUUCCCUCCAAAAAAAUGAUCGGCUGAAAGCACCACGAUAUCGUUUGUCGGUUUGUUUAUAUGUUGAUUUGUUUAUGUUCUUCAUUCUUUUUCUAUCGACGAUGGACAGCUGUUUGAGCGCACUCGAUUUUUCAUAUGGAAAUUUAAUACUAUCAAAUAUUAUGACAAAGAAUAAUCUAAUGGAAAUAUGGAAUAGUAUGAGCUGUUAAGAGAUGCAUUGAACGAUGCCGGUUUUGUUACGAGUAGCACAAGAAGUACUGAAGUUCCCAGAUGCUCAUGAAGAUGUCGCUAUGCACAAAAAUAAUAUAUAUAUCUGUUUCAACGUGGUUUCGAUGGAAACGUGUUUCCACCAUGGGAUAAAAAAAUUAAAAAAGGUAAUUAUUAUUAUUUUUAUUAUUAUUUUUUUUUAAAUCUCACAACUCUGACUUUCUGUUUUUAAUUCUGAAUUCUUAUUUUGGAAUUCUGACUUUUUUACUUUGAGUUUAUUAUUCUGAUUUUUCUUUGAAUUUUGAGUUUAUAUUUCACAAUUCCGACUCGCAAUUCUUUCUUUUUCUGCAGUAGAAUAAAAAAUAUUUUUUGUGAGAUGUAAGCACAGAAUUCAGACUUUUUUCGCAAUAGUUUCUCGCAAUUGUUUUUUUUCUUUGAAGUCUAAGUUUAUAUUUCUCAAUAUUGAGAUAGGGUUGUUUAUAUCAAAAUUCGGACUUUUUCUUGCAAUUCUAAGUUUAUAUACAACCCAAUCCCAUGCCAAUUCGUACAUAUUUUACAAGGUGGCUAAUUUGUAUGAAUUCGUAUGACGUCACUAGUACAAAUUCAUACAAAUUGGGGAACUUGUAAAAUACGUAGGGUCUAGCAAAAAAUCGUAUGAAUAUGUACGAGUGAGUUCGUACGAAUUAGCCACCUCGUAAAAUAUGUACAAAUUGCCAUGAGAUCAGGUUGGAUAUAAACUUAGAAUUGUGAGAAAAGUCAGAAUUGUGAUAUAAACAACGCUAUCUCACUACAAAUUUGUACAUUUGUACACUUUUUUUUUUUACUAGGUGGCUAAUUUGUACGAAUGCGUAUGACGUCACUAGUACAAAUUCAUGCAAAUUUGGGAACUUGUACAAUACAAACAAUUUAGUAAAAAUUUUAUGAAUUUGUACACGUGAGUUCGUACAUAUAAACCUUAAAAAAUGUACGAAUUGCAAUGAGAUCGGGUUUGAUACAAACUCAGAACUGCGAGGAAAAGUCAGAAUUGUGACUUAAAAUCGCUAAUUCGUACUAAUUUGUACAACCUCACUUUUAUGAAUUCAUACAAAUUGGGGAACGUGUAAAUUACAUACAAUUUAGCAAAAAUCUUAUGAAUUUGUACAAGUGAGUUCAUACGAAUUAGCCACCUCGUAAAAUAUGUAUGAACUGCCAUGAGAUCUGGUUUGAUAUAAACUCAGAAUUGCAAGAAAAAAGUCAGAAUUGUGAUAUAACCAAUGCUAUAUCACUACCAAUUCAUACAUAUUUUUUACGAGGUGGCUAAUUCAUACGAAUUCGUACAGCCUCACUAGUACGAAUUGAUAAAAACUGGGGAACUUUAAAAUAAAUACAAUUUAGAAAAAAUCUGAUGAAUUUGUAUGAAUGAGGUCAUACGAAUUUGUAUGAAUUAGCCACUCCAUAAAAUAUGUACGAAUUUGGGUUGGAUAUAAACUCAGAAUUGUGAGGACAAAGUCAGAAUUGUGGCAUAACACUAUCUCACUACCAAUUCUAUUUUACGAGGGGGCUAAUUCGUAUGAAUACUUACAACCUCACUCAUACAAAUUCAUACGAAUUGGGGAACUCGUAAAAUACGUAGAAUUUAGCAAAAAUCGUAUGAAUUCGUAUAAGUGAGAUUGUACGGAUGCGUACAAAUUUGUUGUAAAAUAUGUACGAAUUGCCAUGAGAUCGCGUUGAAUAUAAACUCCAAUUUGUACAUAUUUUACGAGAUGGCCAAUUCGUACGACCUCAUUUUUACACCAAAUUUAUACAAAUUUUGUAACUCGUAAAACAUACGACUUAGCAAAAAUCGCAUGAAUUCGUAUGAGUGAGGUCGUACGAAUUCGUACAAAUUAGCCACCAUGUAAAAUGUAUACGAAUUGCUAAAUUUUACUAGUUCUCCAAUUUGUAAAAAUUCGUACUAGAGAUGUUGUACGAAUUCGUAUGAAUUGGUAGUGCGAUAGCGUUGUUUAUAUAACAAUUCUGACAUUUUGUCGCAAUUUUUAGUUUAUAUCCAACCCAAUUUCAUGGCAAUUCGUACAUAUUUUACGAGGUGGCUAAUCUGUAUGAAUUCGUAUGACCUCACUUCGUAAAUUCGUAAGUUUUUUGCUAAAUGGUACGAAUUGGAUAAAAACUCAGAAUUGUGAGUUACAAAUGUAGAAUUGCGAAAAAAGUCUGAAAUGUGAUAUAAAUUAGAAAUUGUGGGAAAAAUAGUUUAAAUUGUUAAAUAAAAAGUUGCAGUUACCUUUUUUAUAAUUUUUUUUUUUUUAUCCUAGCGGAAACAUGCUUUUGUAGGUUUUGGAUCGAAAAUGCAGUCGGGGAUGAGAAUGUCGGAGCUUCACGCGAUGGUCUGUGGUUUUUGCGUACGAUCAGGCUAGAAAGAUGAGCACCUAACAGAUCUUUAGUACAUGAUUAGAGACGCAGCACAAGCUAGAACGCGACGCCGUCCGCGAUUGGUUUCGCGUCAGCCAAUCACGGCCUCGCGUACGGAACGCUUUAGAAUUCAGGCGUAUAUAAUAAUAUAAUCGACGAUUCAGCAGUCAAAACUUGUAUGUAGGAGAAACGAGAUUAUAGAGACGGGCUAUUUAAAGAAAAGCACAUUAGAUUUACAAAUAAUGCAUUCCAGUUACGAUAAAAAAUAAACGAAAAGAAACAAUCUAGCUUUCUAAGACAUGCUAUGUUCAACGAAAGCAAUACUAUAAAGACAAUCUUUACCAUGUUUACAUUGCCGAGGGGUAGAAUGGGUUCAAGAAAAACAUCUAGGAGAAGUUCUCUCUGAUCUCAAGUCAUAUAAACUGUACUCUGAUGCCUUAACAAACACUGCAGUACCACUACGUUACGGCUGGGCAGGGGAACGUGGGGCUUCGACUGUGUUUUCAGACAUAUUCGUGUGCAGUAGCGCCCAGGUGACCGCAUUUAGCUUUUUAUACACGACGGCGAACACUGUGGCCGGCGAACGAGCGACGAUUCGCCUCAGCCCUCGUGAAGAUCCCCCGACUCCCGUCGCCCGUUGACUUUCUUGCGCUCUCCAAAGAGAUUCGACCCCGUUACGUGCACCGUCUCCCUCCAAACGCUCCCUCCGGGUCACGGCGGGGCGGGAAACGCACCCCGAAGCCACUUCGAUGAAUUUGAUGUUGAGAAAUCUGUGGCGUGUCGUUCUUGUUCGUGACUUUCAGUUGGUUUGGUUUAAUUUCGAGCCCGUUUUUCGUUCCCACACGGCACGAGUGACGUUACAUGCCGCCUGUGUGGAUGUGCGUGCGCGUGCGUGUCUAAUUUAUUAUUUAUCCUUAUAUUAGUAUUUGCUAAUGUGUAUUGUGCGCUAUUAAUGCAGAGAUGACGUGCUGCAUGGUUCAUUUCCGCUAACGAUCUCUAUUUAGUAACAAUCUGUUAUUUCUAAACGUGGUCCUUUUAGAAGUAAAACCAUGGCUUUUAUUUAUCAGACGUGUUUCAAAUGGAGAUUAAAAAAAGUUUAAAAAGAAAUGGUUGAUACCAAACAAUUAUAAAUAGAUGUUUUUUGGUAAUAUUUUCUGUGGCGAGCGAUUUUCUUUAAUAUUUUCUAGUGACACCUCAUUUGUAAAUCAUUUUUCUAAGAUGUUCCUUUGUCCUCAUGGCAUUUGAUAAUGGGUUUUUUGCCAGGUUAGCCUAAAAGGCUGCAGUUUAUUGAUAUUUUUAAAAUAACUUUGUACAAACGUGUUAUGUUAAUGGGUAAAAAAAAACAAAAAAAAAAGAGGAAAAAGAAAAAACUUUGCCUGCAUAACACUUGAAAUUAAAGUGAGUAAUUCUGUCUUAAA